AUGUCCUUCGUCCCGUCCACCACUGCCCGCGUCCUGGCGAGGACCCCGAAGCGUCUAAGGGUGAUUGAGCAAAGGAUCUCCCCCCAAGAGCGUGGAAGGAUGGCCUUCUCCGAAGUCCUCUUCAAAGAUCAACCAUCUAUUGUCGGGCAGCUCGUAUACGGCCCGCAAGGCCCGCAGCUUCAGCGGCGUCUGCAGCGCAUCUACAUGCGCGUUUCUGUCAAACUCCCCAGUGGAGCCCCUCUCGUCGAGCCUGCCCCCGCAGCGACCGUCAUUGAGCCCACUACCUCUGUAUCGGUCGUCUUUCCCGCCCCAGAGGUCAAUGUCGACGAUCUUCCUACCAUCCCGGACGAGGACGCGCAGACCACACUCGACCGUACGCCACUUCCUGCCGCCGCCGCCUCAUUCGCGGAGUGGUUGACCACACCACCACCCGCGGUCACCCUCACCGUGAUGAAGUCCAUCCUUACGUCCACCCCCGCCGCCACCGAGAACCUCGCAUCUCCCUCGUCCUCCGCGCCACCCCAUUCCUCCGUCUCCUUCCCCACGACGCCCGCGCUCGAAGACGACGAAGCCAGCGCGCUCGAGAGCCCCCGCCAGCGCUCGCGCCCCGUCCGCAAGUCGUUCUGGCUCCGCGUCUCCGACACCCCCAAGCGGCGCCGCACCCGCAGGUCCCUCGUCGGCCUCUACUCCGGCACCCUCGAGCUCGACGAGCACAGCCGCGUUGUCGAGUGCACCCGCGGCGCGCGCCCCACCGCGCUCGCGACGUGCAGGCUCGCGCGGAUCCCCGAGGCCCGGCCGCGGCUCUUCGCCGCCCCCGCGUCGGACUCGCGUCGCGCGCGCCUCGUUGGCGAGAUGAACGGGGGCGCGACGCUCGCAGGGCGCACGAAGGGCACGAAGACGAAUGGGGUUCGACGCUUUGACCUGGACAGCGCGAACGCGGAGGCGAGGUUUUCCAUCGCCCCGCCGAAGCUCGUCUCCUCUGCGGUGCGGAGCCGCUGUGCUCGCGAUGAGGAGAACGCGGGGUACUAUGUGCACCCGAACAUCGCGCCGCUCGCGAGUGAGCUCCAGUGA